GGUAGUGCGGCGCGCGGAGCUGGGAGCGCUCCUUCGCGACCCUCGCAGCGACCCUCCGCGCCCCGCCCCCGCUUCAGACAUGGCCAGCGGGGGAUUGCAGCUCCUGGGCUUCGUGCUGGCCUUCCUGGGCUGGAUCGGCAUCAUCAUCAGCACCGCCAUGCCCCAGUGGAAGAUGGCAUCCUACGCGGGGGACAACAUCGUCACGGCCCAGGCACUCUACGAGGGGCUGUGGAUGUCGUGCGCCAUGCAGAGCACGGGGCAGAUCCAGUGCAAGGUGUACGACUCACUGCUGAAGCUGGAGAGCAGUCUGCAGGCCACUCGGGCUUUGAUGGUGGCUGCAAUACUCCUGGGCCUUGUGGCUGUAUUUGUUUCUGUGACUGGCAUGAAAUGCAUGAAGUGCAUGGAAGAUGACCAGGUGAAGAAGAUGCGGAUGGCAGUCUUUGGUGGGGUGCUCUUCAUCAUUGCAGGUUUGGCAGCACUGGUGGCCACAUCAUGGUAUGGCAACAGAGUGGCUCGAGCCUUUUAUGACCCUUUCACCCCUGUCAACACCAGAUUUGAGUUUGGAUCAGCUCUCUUCAUAGGUUGGGCAGCUGCUUCUCUGGCCAUCCUUGGGGGAGCCUUCCUCUGCUGUUCCUGUCCAAGGAGGGAAACUUCAUAUCCACCCACUCGAGGCUAUCCAAAAAAUGCUCCCUCCACAGGGAAGGAUUAUGUAUAAUGAAACAAAGAAGAGGAGCCACCAGCACUGGUAGUGAAAGCAUUUUGGAGAGGACACUACAAAUGCCACUGUCCUGAGCAGAGUUCAGACUCUAGGUUCUGCCUUCCUCUUCUCCCCCAAAAUGUGUAUAUUUUUGUAAUCCUCUUUGCUACUGGACAUAACUUCUCUUUUCUCUCCCAGCCCAUGGAGGAAGGCUAGCCUAGAUGCAUAGGUGUUGCCACUGAAAAGAUGAAACCUCCAAGCUUGGGUUAAGUUUAGUAUUUGGGAGUAAAAGGGAAAAAUGAUACUGUGGUUUUUUUUUAGAUGGAUGUUGGUGC